AUGUCCACAGUGGAAGCUCCAGAUGUCAUGGUCGACCCACCGCAACAGCGUGCUGGUGAAGAUGUGGUCGAGGACAACAUCGGCACGGAUGGAAACGCGCACCCUACUCCAGUGAAUUAUGAGGUCCUUGUCCAUACAUGUCAAGGUCAGCUCAGCAACAUGCUGAUGGAUCAAGCUCGAAGGCGAUCUCAAGUCGCUGAGUUGAUACGUGCCAUGCAAGCUUGGAACCAGGAGCAUGAACGGAUCGCGCAGCUGUUGCACAGAAUCCAAGAAAUUAUGGACCCGGAGUUUGCGCCAGGAAUGCCGUUACACGGUUUCCGUGCACCUUAG